CUUUUUCACUUUGAACAUUGGCAUUAAAAAAAUAAAAAGAAAUGGCUCUUGUCUGGGAGCUCUUGCAGAACAGAAAUAGCUUCUUCACUGUUAGCUCUGACCCAGGACAGCACCUGACAGUUUCCUUUGCCUGGUGAACAAAGGACAGAAGCCAAGAGAACGCCAGCCUUGAGAGGAAUAAGAAUUCGGGGAAGAAGCGAGUGCCACGUGAGGGGUGAUCUCGCGAGAUCGUGUGUGGGCAGCCCCGCAAGUCACGAGGAUGACAGUUAUUUAGCGGUUAAACCACCACAGGUGACGCGCUUCGUCUUCUGUCACCUCAGGGGAGCGAGGGGAGUGGUUUCCCGCCUUUUCCAAAGUUCGGAGGCAGAAGCCGCGGAAGCUCUGGCUGGUUCUUUCUGCUGCUGUAAUAGGCGCAGGGGAGCAGUUCGCGUGGGCACCGGGUCCAUAGUUUUUAAGUUUUUAUUUUAUUAGAAGUAAAGGCAGUUGCGUACGUGAGGACGCCGCCCAGAGAGCUGGGCCAUACUCAGAUAUCUCCCUUAGUCAGCCACCCGGAGCCUUCUAAUGGUGGUUGGUAGCGGGCUAAGAACCUAGGUAAUUACAAGUGGAAGGGAGAAAAUGGACAAGCAAAAGUCCUUUGCUUUAUUUGUACCACCGAGAUAUAGCAGCAGUCAGGUGUCUGCAGUGAAACCGACUUUGGGAGGAGAUUCUAAUGUCUUCAAGAGUUUCAGCAAAUGUGUUGAAGAUGAUUUUAGUUUUCCAUUUGCAAUGCCCAGUCUCUCCAAAAAUGUGGAAAACAUUAACUCAGAUCCUGGUAUACAAAAAGUUAGCUUUUUGCCCAUGCUGGAACAGGUUGAUAAUUCUGACAGUUGUCACCACCAGGAAGCAGUAAAAGACACUAAUUUUGAGAAUUCAGAGCCAAUGAGCAAGCUGUACUCAAAGCUAUAUAAGGAAGCUGAAAAGAUCAAGAAGUGGAAAGUAAAUGUAGAAUUAGAACUGAAGCAGAAAGAAAAUAAAUUGCAAGAAAAUAGAAAGAUAAUUGAAGCCCAACGAAAAGCCAUUCAAGAACUACAGUUUGAAAAUGAAAAAGUAAGUUUGAAAUUAGAAGAAGGAAUUCAAGAAAACAAAGACUUAAUAAAAGAAAAUAAUUCUACAAGGCAUUUAUGUAAUGUACUCAAAGAAACCUGUGCCAGAUCUGCAGAAAAGACAAAGAAAUAUGAAUAUGAACGGGAAGAAACUAGACAAGUUUAUGUGGAUUUAAAUAAUAACAUUGAGAAAAUGAUAAUAGCUUUUGAGGAGCUACGUGUCCAAGCUGAAAAUUCCAGACUGGAAAUGCAUUUUAAGUUAAAGGAAGAUUGUGAAAAAAUCCAACAUCUUGAAGAAGAAUAUAAGAAAGGAGUAGAUGAUAAAGAAAAACAGAUAUCGCUGCUACUGACUCAAAGUACCGAGAGAGAAAAUAAAAUGAAAGAUUUAACAAUUCUUCUAGAGGAAUCCAGAGAUAAAGUUAAUCAAUUAGAGGAAAAAACAAAACUACAGAAUGAAAACUUAAAAGAAUCAAAUGAGAAGCAAGAUCAUUUGACAUCAGAGCUGGAAGAUAGUAAACUGUCUUUGCAAAGAAGUAUGAAUACUCAAAAGGCUUUAGAGGAAGAUUUACAGGUAGCAACAAAAAAAAUAUAUCAGCUUACUGGAGAAAAAGAAGCUCAGCUGGAAGAAUUUAAUAAAACUAAAACCAAUUAUUCAUCUUUGGUUACUGAACUUAAAACAACUAUAUGCAACUUGAAAGAAUUAUUGACAACAGAACAGCAAAGAUUGGAAAAAAGUGAGGAUCAAUUGAAUGUACUUACCAUGGAACUUCAGAAGAAAUCAAGUGAACUCGAAGAGAUGACUAAGCUUAAAAAUAAUAAAGAUAUAGAACUUGAAGACCUGAAAAAGAUAUUGGCAGAAAAACAAAAGCAUUUAGAUGAAAACAAACAGUUUGAAAAGAUUGCUGAAGACUUAAAAGGAACAGAGCAAGAACUGAUUGGUCUACUCCAAACCAGAGAGAAAACAAUAGAUGAUUUGGAAAAACAGUUAACUGCUGUUGCAGCAAGUGAACAACAUUUUUCCAGACAACUUAAAGAGCUGAAAACUGAACUUGAAAAUGAGAAGCAUAAGAAUAUUAACCUAACUGCAAGCUGUGACAGAUUUUCACUGGAGAACAAAGAACUAAUGCAAGAAACAAGUAACAUGACACUAGAACUCAAGAAACUUCAAGAAAAUAUUAAUCAUAGCAAAAAGCAAGAAGGAAAGAUGUUGAAACAAAUAGGAAAUCUGGAAGAAACGGAAACACAAUUAAGGAAUGAACUGGAGUCCGUGAGAGAAGAACUAAAGCAGAAAGGAGAUGAAGUGAAAUUUAAAUUGGAUAAGAGUGAAGAAAAUGCUCGAAGCAUUGAAUGUGAAGUUUUAAAAAAAGAAAAACAAAUGAAGAUAUUAGAAAACAAGUGUAACAACUUAAAGAAACAAGUUGAAAAUAAAAGCAAGUGCAUUGAAGAACUCCAGCAGGAGAAUAAGGCCUUAAAAAAGAAGGGUACAGCAGAAAGCAAGCAACUGAAUGCAUAUGAGACAAAGAUUAGUAAAUUAGAAUUUGAACUAGAUGGUACCAAACAAAAAUAUAAAGAAAUGACUGACAACUAUCAAAGAGAAAUUGAGAACAAGAAGAUGUCAGAAGAAAAUCUGUUGGGAGAGGUUGAAAAAGCUAAAGUCAGAGCUGAUGAAGCUGUCAAAUUACAGAAAGAAACUGAUAUACGAUGUCAACAUAAAAUAUCUGAGAUGGUUGCACUUAUGGAAAAACAUAAGCACCAGUAUGACAAGAUUGUUGAAGAAAGAGACACAGAAUUAGGACUUUAUAAGAACAAAGAACAAGAACAGUCAUCACUGAAAGCAUCUUUGGAGAUUGAAUUGUCAGAUCUCAAAAAUGAACUUACAUCUACUAAGAAAGAACUUGAAUUAGAAAGAGAAGAAAAUGAAAAACUGAAAAGAGAGGCAGAAGAAAACAUAGUAGCUCCCAAAGAACAAAGAGACAAGAAAACACAGACAUAUUUAUUGGAAACACCUGAAACUAAUUAUUGGAAAUCUGAUUCUAAAGCUGUUUCUUCACAAAAUAUACAUCGAAGUUUCACAUCAGCUAAUCUUGGUAAAGUCAAAGAUAAAAAAGAAUAUCAGCGGACGUCUGCCAAAAGCACUAUGUCAACACCAUUACCAAAGACAUAUACUGUGAAGACACCUACAAAACUGAAAAUUCAGCAAAGAGAAAACAAGCCUGUACCUACUGAAGAAUGCAAUAGAAAGAGAAAAAUGGUCUUUGAAUUUGACGUUAACUCAGAUAGUUCAGAAACUACUGAUCUUUUGAGCAUGGUUUCUGAGGAAGAGACAAUGAAGAAGCUGUACAAGAACAAUAAUCCACCAACUUCUCAUCUGUAUGUCAGAACACCAAAAAAGAGUCCUUCAUCUCUAACAACCCCUGGAUCUACACUGAAGUUUGGAGCAAUGAGAAAGCAAGAGGACCGUUGGGCUGUAAUUGCUAAGCUGGAUAGGAAAAAAAAACUAAAGGAGGCAGAAAAACUAUUUAUUUAAUUUCAGAAAAUUAGUGUGAUUAAGGAUCAUAAUGUCCAAUUUAUAGUUAAUUUUUAUUUCUUGAAGAACACAAUUUUAAUUGUGAUGUUUUAUAUAUGAUAAACAGUUAAUGUUUCUUUAUAUUUUGAUCUAAAUCUGAGAAAACCUAUUUACUACCUGAAAAUUUGUAAUUGUUUCAUACAGUUAGAUGAUUGUAGUUCCACUUUUUUGUUUUUUUAUAUUAUUUUAUUGGGAGGAUUAACCAUUAAGUUUACAGUAGUACAGUUUUUUAAUUUCUUUAUUGGGUGAUUAAUGGUUUACAGUCAACAGUAAAAUACAAUAGUUUUUACAUGUGUAUUUCUACUUUUUUGUAUUCAUGAAAGCUAUUUUUGCUGUUUUCAUGUUUGUCAAAGUAACUACUUAAUGCUGGUAAUAACAUUGAGAACUGCUCUUUUUUAUUAUUAAAACAUUUUGGGAAUAAGCUUCUUGAUGGUUCUAUGAAGUCAUCUGAAUAGUUGAUUUUAUAAUGUUGAAAUUUAUUUUUACAUAUUGAGGUUAUUUUAACCAACCUUCAACUUCUGAAACAGCUUUUUUGUGUUCACAAAAAUGGACAAAAGGCUUUUAGUUGCAGGAAGAAAAACCAAUAUCGGUAUGACUUUCUAAUAUACUUAAUUUAUUGAAUAUUCAUUAUGCAAAUAUUUAUUAUCUAACUGAAGUCAAGAACAGUUCUAGAUACUGGAGAUGUAAAUGUGAAACACACACAGAAACAAACCUAUUUUCUAGAGCUUAAGAUAAGUGAAAAAUAUAUUAAUGAUAAUCAGUCAGGGAAAAGUAUUAGGAAUUAUGAAAUUGGUCAGAAAUUUAUGUUAGGUGACCUUCACUGAAAAAGAAAGAGAAAUAUUUAUAUGAAGGUCUGAUGAGGUCUGAUGAAUACCAAGUAAACGUGUUAACAUAGGGGUGAGGUUAGAGGGAUGGACAUUCUUGAAAGAAGGAACAGGAAAUACAAAGAUCCAGAAUUGGGUGUAUAUCCAUUAUAUUCUGUAGUACUGUCACUGAGUGCAAUGUCAUUGAAGAACUGAGUGAAUAAAAAGUAGAAAAGACCCGAUAAUUAACAGGAAGGGGAGUUUGGGUGGACAGACCACUUUUAACAUCUUUAUAAGAACUUUGGCUACUUUGAAUAAGAUGUGAAUUAGUAAAUACCUUUGAGCAAAAACAGAUCAUGAUCUGAUUCAGAUUUUAACAUAAAGACUUUUCUGGUUGCUAUAUUGUGAAUAGUUUGAAAAGAAAGUAAAGGAAUAAAACAGAAAACAGAUGGUAUUUUAAUAAUGCAUAUGAGAGAUGAUAUUAAGCAUUUAAAGUUAGAUAUGGAAUGUGAUAACAAUGUCAAUUUUUUUGACCUGGGGUCUUGAGCAGUGGUUCACCCAGUUUCACACCAUGUACAAAAUUCCCUCCUACAGGGGUUGGGGCUUGGGUGUCUUUAUUCCUAUCUCUCAUUCCCCUCUCAAUUUCUGUCUUAAUCAAAUAUGAAAAAUAAAUAUUAAAAGUAUUUAAAA